CAAAAUCCAGAGAAGACAAUCCGAAUCUACGCCAUAUAUUCUCCGCCCACUCCUUUUUCUCUAACUCUAAAUUGCAGGGAAAUGAGGCUUCUCAAGGUAGCCACCUGCAACCUGAAUCAAUGGGCAAUGGAUUUCGAUUGCAAUAUGAAGAACAUCAAGGAAUCCAUUUCUAGGGCCAAAGAAGCCGGAGCCGUCAUCCGCCUCGGCCCCGAGCUUGAAAUCACCGGCUAUGGCUGCGAAGACCAUUUCCUCGAACUCGACACUGUCAAUCACGCGUGGGACUGCUUAAAAGAAUUAUUAGUAGAUGACUGGACUGAUGGCAUAUUAUGUAGUUUCGGUAUGCCUGUUAUCAAAGGGUCAGAGCGCUACAAUUGUCAAGUGCUAUGCUUGAAUAGAAAAAUAGUGAUGAUACGUCCAAAGAUGUGGCUGGCAAAUGAUGGAAACUACAGGGAGCUCAGGUGGUUUACGGCAUGGAAACAAAAAGGGCCUCUUGAAGAUUUUCUGCUGCCAAGUGAUAUAUCUGAGGCUAUAUUGCAGACAACAGUGCCUUUCGGCUAUGGAUAUAUCCAGUUUCUAGAUGUAGCCAUUGCUGCUGAAGUUUGCGAGGAACUUUUUAGUCCCAUGCCCCCUCACGCUGAGCUCGCUCUGAAUGGCGUUGAAGUAUUUCUGAAUGCUAGUGGAAGUCACCAUCAAUUGCGUAAACUUGAUAUUCGUCUCCGUGCUUUUAUUGGAGCUACAAAUACCCGUGGAGGUGUUUACAUGUACAGUAAUCAACAAGGAUGUGACGGCAGCCGCCUUUAUUAUGAUGGAUGUUCCUGCAUUGUGGUGAACGGUGAUGUGGUUGCACAAGGCUCACAAUUCUCCUUGAAGGAUGUGGAAAUGGUGGUUGCUCAAGUAGAUCUAGAUGCAGUUGCCAGUCUUAGGGGAUCUAUUAGUAGCUUUCAGGAACAAGCCAGUUGCAAACCAAAAGUUUCCUCCAUUGAAGUACCUUAUAGACUUUGCGAGUCUUUUACGCUCCAAAUGUUGCUUUCAAGUCCUCUAAAGAUUAAAUAUCAUUCUCCCGAAGAAGAAAUAGCUUUUGGGCCAGGCUGUUGGAUGUGGGAUUAUUUGAGACGAAGUGGUGCAUCUGGUUUUUUACUUCCACUCUCAGGUGGAGCAGAUAGCUCAUCUGUUGCUGCUAUAGUUGGUUGCAUGUGCCAGCUAGUAGUGAAAGCAAUAUCAGAGGGGGAUGAACAGGUCAAAGCUGAUGCCAUAAGGAUUGGCCAUUAUACUGAUGGACAAUUUCCAACAGACAGCAAAGAAUUUGCCAAACGUAUAUUUUACACUGUUUUCAUGGGGUCUGAAAAUAGUUCUAAUGCCACAAGAACAAGGGCAAAGGUGCUUGCAGAAGAAAUUGGGUCAUGGCAUCUUGAUGUCUCAAUAGAUGGAGUAGUUUCUGCUCUGCUCUCUUUGUUUAAGACACUUACAGGAAAACAACCACGAUACAAGGUAGAUGGGGGCUCUAAUAUUGAAAAUUUGGGACUGCAAAAUAUUCAAGCUCGAAUCAGAAUGGUCUUAGCAUUUAUGCUAGCAUCACUCUUGCCAUGGGUUCAUAACAAACCUGGUUUUUAUUUGGUCUUAGGGAGCUCAAAUGUCGAUGAAGGAUUGCGUGGUUACUUGACAAAGUAUGAUUGUAGUUCUGCUGAUAUAAAUCCUAUUGGAAGCAUCAGCAAGCAAGAUUUACGAAGAUUUUUAAAAUGGGCUGCUGUCGAUCUGGGUUUCUCUUCAUUAAAAGAAAUUGAAUCUGCUCCACCCACUGCUGAAUUGGAGCCAAUACGAUCCGACUACAGCCAGCUGGACGAAGUGGAUAUGGGAAUGACAUAUGAAGAACUCUCGGUAUAUGGAAGGCUGCGAAAGAUCUUUCGCUGUGGACCCGUAUCCAUGUUUAAGAAUCUCUGCUACAAAUGGGGAACAAAGUUAACUCCAGCAGAGGUUGCUGAGAAAGUGAAAUAUUUCUUCAAGUACUAUUCUAUCAACAGACACAAGAUGACAGUUCUAACUCCCUCAUACCACGCAGAGAGUUACUCACCAGAGGAUAAUAGGUUUGAUCUACGCCAGUUCCUAUAUAAUGCAAGAUGGCCAUAUCAAUUCCGGAAGAUAGAUGAACUUGUGACACAGUUGGAUGGUGAUAGAGUGGCUAUUGCAAAUGAAGCAUCGGGGCUCAGAUCAGAUGGUGGCAUGGGUGUCGUAGCUGCAGGUUCGGGCAAUCCAAGUGUUGGCUUGUAAAUUUUGCCAUGGCCUUAUAGUAAUCUCAGUCGCGAUCGAUACUCCCCUCCACCUUGAAUCCAUGAUGCUUGGUGUAAUUUAUGUGUUUUUAGUGUUUGUAUAUUAAUGUCAAUUUUAACUUGAGGUAGAUGUCAUUGAAAAAAAAUAAAAUCUUUCCCCAUGUUUUCUUGACGAACUGUUGAUCAGAUUAGUGAUCGAAUAAAAAACAGGGAACAACACUAGGAGUGAUAAUUCUUGAAGCAAUAAACACUUCUUAUUAUAGAA